UCCGCAGAUAACAAAUAAAAAUGGCUACCAGCACAGUGCCCUCCUCAAAAACAACUACUCACGUCACCUUCGUAUGUCAGAAGUGCACCAGACCCAUCAAACUAAACCGUUCGCUCCAAGCCAAAGACCUUGUGGGUGUAGCCAACACCUCAGAGGAAAGGCUAAGCCUGGAAUGGUCGGGACAAGCUAAAGAAACAAACAAAGCUGAUCAAGAAGAUGGUACCGAUGGAGAAGCGUCUGAUCAACCAGUGCCCAUACCCAGGAGCUCACCUCAAGUCGUCAGGAGGCAAUUCCCUCGUAGGAGCAGCGAAACUGUGUCAGUCAUCUAUGAUAGUUUGCAGCCAAACCAUCCAGAAAAGAAAAGUACUCUGAAACAAAUCCAAAUCGCUUCGGAAACGUUUAAAAUGCUCUCGUCCCAUAUGGAGAUUGACCACCCCCUCUGUUGUGACUGUCCUGAAGCCGUUCUAGAAUCGUUUGAAGAAAAGAUCUACAGUAUGGAGGAAGCGAAGGGCCACUACGAUCGAUUGGCUACACGAUUAGAGCAAGAAGUGGACACGUACAAGUCAGAAAUGUCUGAGCUCGAUUCUGAAUUAGAGGCAAUGCAUAAAGAAGAGGAGUUAUUGAAAUCAAAGCUGCUGGAGACUGAGAACAGACGCGAGAAGAUAUCUAGUGAAAUGGCCGUGCAAAGAGAUAGAGAAGUGAAACUGAAGGUAGAGGAGCAAGCGUAUUGGAAGAACUUUAAUGAGCACCAACAGCGAAUGCUAAUAUUCAAGGAUGACCUCAUCAGUGUCCAGUACCAGCUGCAGUACACUACAGAGCAACUGCUUAGACUCAAGAAAACAAACGUUCUCAACUGUGUAUUCCAUAUAUGGCAUAACGGACAUUUUGGUACUAUCAACGGCCUGAGGCUAGGAAGAUUGCAGACGGUGCCUGUCGAGUGGUCAGAGAUCAAUGCAGCGUGGGGGCAAACAGCCUUCCUGCUCAGUACACUAGCUCGAUUAUCUGGAGUCACUUUUCAACGCUACAAACUUGUGCCCUAUGGAAAUCAAUCAUUUCUGGAAGAGAGUGAGAACAAGAAGCGGAUACUUCCAUUGCAUAGUAGUGCUGGCCUGAGAUUAUUUACUGAUUCCAAGUUUGAUUCGGCUAUGGUCGCAUUUCUAGACUGUCUGGGCCAACUCAAAAGACACAUUGAAACGAACAGUAAACCUCAUUUUAUGUUGCCUUACAUAAUCGAAAAAGACAAAAUUGGAGACCCUGGAAAAGAAGGAUUUUCAGUCAAGACACAGUUCAAUUCUCCCGAAAAGUGGACGAAAGCUCUCAAAUUUGUGCUGACUAAUUUGCGAUGGGCUCUCACCUGGGUGGCUGCAAACAGUGUAUCUAUGCCUACUACUAUUGACUCUAAUUAGUGUGUGUGUGUGUGCUGUGUGUAUUGUAUAUUGUUUGUACUGUACUGUCACAUGUUUUGCAUUCAGAAUGUAUGAUACAACAAAAAAAUGCUUACAUAAAAUUCGUUUAAUUGGA